AUGCCUGUUCCCGUUGAAUACAACUCCAUUCGCCGUAUGAGCACUAUUACUGUGCCCAAGCAAGACAUUAGCUUUGAUACAUAUGACUUUCAACUUUGUGUGCCACAAAAUGACAUUAAAGACACUUUCGAAUCAAAAGAUCUUGAAGCUUCCUUUUGUCGUGACUUUGCUUGUUGUGGUCUUAUUUUGAACGACCUUCAUGAUUUGCUGCAACACUAUGAAGAGUGUCAUGUUCGCUUGGAAGAUGAUGAAAGUAGCUUGUUUGAUGAUGAUACCGAUAGCUGGUCUCCUUCCCUCUCUUUCUCUUCUAUCGAUGGUGACUCUACUCCUAGCAGCCCUAUUUUAGAGGAAAACGACCUUUCAAACAUUGAUGUUAUCAAGAAGAGAGCUGCUGCGUACCUUUCUGAUCUCUACAAUGCCACAAAUGCUGCGGCUACUUCUAGCAUUGAGGACGAAGUUAAUGAAGAACCUGCUGCCAGCAGCACAAAGAAGUCCGGAAAAAAGAGAUCUUACAGUCAAUACAGUGGUUCUUCUCCCUCUGCCUUGGAUCUUUUGACUCAAUCCGCUGCUAAAAAAUUGGCUAUGGCUUCUUCACUCAACGGUGAUCUUCCUACACCUAUUAUGACUGAUGAAGAUUUCCUUGCUCAAGCUGGCGCUUUGUUAGCCACUGCUAAUUCAAUUUUCCCACUCGACUCUAAUGCUGAUAAGCCUUACAAGUGUCCUGUAUCUGGCUGUGACAAAGCCUACAAGAAUCCCAAUGGCCUUAAAUACCACAAUCAACAUGGUCAUUGUAAUCUCCUUGAUGAAGAAAAUGAAAACAGUCUUUCUAAGCCCUAUCAAUGCACCAUCGGUGAAUGUGGCAAGCGUUACAAGAACUUGAAUGGCUUAAAAUACCAUAUUGAACAUUCCCAUAUGGCUGCAUUGAACCAAACCUUGGCUACCUUUGGCUCUACUCUCUUCUCUGCUCCUCCAUCACCUACAUCUACCUCAUCACCCAUGCUCAACUCUGUUUCUGGUUCAUUAUUCUAA